CGUUCCCGAGCCCGCGUACCAGCGAGGCCGUUUCCUCGCCUGCCCUCCGCUCUCCGCCCGACCCUCUCCCUGGCCCCCCUCCCCGCCGCCCCUCUCCCUGCGGCGCCUCCGUCUCGUGCUCCGGCGGCUCUGCCCUCCCCCCGCCUCUGCAGCACCUCCCUCUGCACCCGCCUCCCCUCCCCUGUCCCUGCUGUGCGCCGCCGCCCCCCUGAAUCGGGCCGCCCCUACCGUCGCCCCCUGCAUCGAGGCCACGCCACGCUCGUCGGGUCGCACCUGUGAGUGGAUUGGAGGUUGCUUUCGCCGGUUGCUUGACACAGCAAAGGAGCCGCACCUUUCCACCAAAGCAUCAGGGGCUCCAGGGCACCGCAAGUGUCGUUGGGAACCAGAGUAGCUUCUUCUUGUGUUAGCACAUGGUCUGGACUAAUCUGAUGAAGCAAAUUAAAUAGGCUAUUGCCAUAGGAUAAUGUUGUUGUUCCUUAGCGAGAGGAGAAUCGAUUACCCAAGGUGCCACUGCAGUUCAUUUUCCAAGAUUUCCAGCGGUUCUGCUGGAACCCUCAUGCCCCAGGUCAAGCUCGCCACUUCUUCGACAUGAGGCUCAACAAGGUGGAAGUGAACCUUAGAAGGCUGCUGGAGGCGGCUCCUCGGCAGCAGAAUCAGGCUAAGCUUGUCCAUUAUGUAACCACAGCCAGGGAGCUAUUGGAGCAGCUAGGAGCAGAGACCACACCUGAAGGGAUAUCAAGUGUUUCUAAAGCUAAGCUUUCCGAGUAUUCAGAAAAGAUUGAAGCACUAGCUGCCAGGCUCGCUGCUCCAGUGCCUGAAAAUGAAAAGCCAGUUGUUGAAAGCAGAGAAGAAGAAAUCUCUGCUGAAAAAGCUAAGGCGGAAAGCCCAAUAUCUUUAUCGUCAGGAUUGCGAAGGAGAUCAGCAGCUCAUGUCGAGGUUCAACCAAGCCAUCAGGAGCGAAAAGGAGAUAUUGGAGCACCUAUCAAAUUGGAUGCAGAAGCUCAGGCUCGCAUUGAGAAGCACAGGAAGCUGCAAGAAGAUUUAACUGAUGAAAUGGUCGAGUUAGCACGCCAGCUGAAGGAAAGUAGCCUUAUGAUGAACCAAUCUGUGCAAGAGACAGAGAAGAUCCUUGAUUCCACUGAGAGGGCCGUGGAGCACAGCUUGGCAAGCACCGGUCGUGCAACCUCGCGAGCGGCCGAGGUCUACUCGCUGACUUCCAAGACGACGUGCUUCCAGUGGCUGCUCCUCUUUGUGAUGACCUGCAUGUUUGUGAUGGUGGUUCUGCUCAUACGGAUCACUUGAAGGAAGAGGCUGCAGUGGGCACUCUAGUGUGGCAGCCCCUCCCCUUUGUUCAAUGGGCCCUGACUUGACCAGAAACCCCCCAAUCCAGGAGUUUAACCUCACAACAAGAUGGACGGUGCACUGUAAACAGAUGACUUUCUGCGAAGUCUUUGUGGUCAUGGUAUUUUCUAAAACAAGUAUCGACAUUGCGUGUAGCUGGAUGAUUAGCAGCGUGUAGUCUGUAAAACUGGACGACAGCUGCCUGCAUAGAGGCUUGGUGAAAAAUGGCGAUUGCUGUUUUGUUGGUCAGGCCUGAACCCUGAUAUAGUGAGCGGGCUAUGUAUAGUUUACAUUAGCAACCUUGCAGCCAGCACACUGAACACUAUGGCAUGUACUUCCUCCGUUUCAAGAGUAUAGGACAUUUAGUUUUAUCUAA